UUUUGACUUCGGUGGUGUUCGCAUCUUUGGACCAACUUUGGACGUACUUCCUUUCCACGCGGUUUUCCUGUUGUAGAAGCAUUAAUACUGCGUUAAAAUGCAGAAAGCAAAGCCCGCCAAAGAACCGAUCCAGUGUGUGCAAGUUUUCGGGAGAAAGAAAAGUGCGACGGCGGUGGCGUACUGCAAGCGCGGCAACGGCAACCUGCGCGUGAACGGCCGGCCGCUGGAGCUGGUGGAGCCGCGCGUGCUGCAGUACAAGCUGCAGGAGCCGCUGCUGCUGCUGGGCAAGGAAAGGUUUUCUGGUGUCGACAUUCGCGUGCGUGUGAACGGCGGAGGCCAUGUGGCUCAGAUUUACGCCAUUCGACAAGCCAUUUCGAAAGCGCUAGUCUCCUACUACCAGAAGUAUGUGGACGAAGCCUCCAAGAAGGAGAUCAAGGAUAUCCUGAUCCAGUAUGACAGGACUCUGCUGGUUGCUGACCCGAGGCGUUGCGAACCCAAGAAGUUCGGAGGUCCAGGCGCUCGUGCAAGAUACCAGAAGUCCUACCGUUAAUGUGUGCUGCACUGUUACGCUAAUAAAUACUUUGUAAAGAAAA